UUACAGUCUAUUAUGUUUAUUUGUUUUGCUCAUUAAAACUUGGGGGGCCAAAUAAAACCACCCGUGAGCCGCCAGUUGGGGAAACGUGGUUUAUACUUAAAGUCCAGUUGGGGUGGUACUGCAACAUAUUGACCAACCGCCAUUAAACCCGACCAAACAAGGACAAGUCCUGUUGCGCUGCUGGAUUCGGCGAACGGGAAGUUCCGGGCAGGCGUCAGCCAUAAUGAAAGCGCCAGAACUGUUCUCUGAAGACGAUAGCUUUUAUGUCCGUUUCAAAUGUAUUACUAACAGAUUAAGUCUGAGGCCGUUAACGUCAACAGUGAGGACAAACCCAACCUGCCUCUCUCCUUCCACACUGAGUUCAAACCUACAGUCACUGGGUCCUGAUUGUGACAGUGGAGCCCAGUUUGCACUGCAGGAUCCAGAGAUGGCAUCAGUGAAGCUGGAAGACUGCAGUCAAACACUGGAGCUGAAUGUCAACAUUAAAGAUGAAGAAGAGGAGGAGAAGAUUAGGACAACUGUUAGUCAUGGAGAACAUGUUGAGACAUUCUCUACAUCCAGAGAGCAACAGCAGGAAGAUCACAGACCUAAGAGGUCUCACCACUGCCCACAUUGUGAGGAGAUAUUCCCAAUUCUAUCAAAGCUAAAAGUACACCUAAAAAUACACACAGGAGAGAAUCUGUAUUCCUGUACUGACUGUGGGAAGAGAUUCACAACAUCAAGGGCUCUGACACUUCAUCAGAGAGAGCACACUGGAGAGAAGCCUUACUACUGCUCGUACUGUGGGCAGAGUUACUCUCAACAGAGCAACUUCAAAAAACACCAACGUCUACACACAGGAGAGAAGCCUUACUCCUGCUCUGACUGUGGAAAAUGCUUUACAACAUCAUCUGAGCUAACAGUUCAUCAGAGAACACACACUGGAGAAAAGCCUUACAUCUGCUCUGACUGUGGGAAGGGUUUCUCUCACCUGUGUAACUAUAAAGCACACCAACGUAUACAUUCAGGAGAGAAGCCAUACUCCUGCUCUGACUGUGGGAAGAGUUUCUCACGAUUGUAUACCUUAAAAUCACAUGGACGUACCCAUACAGGAAAGAAGCCUUACUCCUGUUCUGACUGUAUGAAGAGUUUUUCUCACCAGGGUAGCUUUAAAGCACACCAACGUAUACAUACAGGAGAGAAGCCAUACUCUUGCUCUGACUGUGGGAAGAGUUUCUCUCAACAGAGCAACUUAAAAACACACCGACGUAUACACACAGGAGAGAAGCCUUACUACUGCUCUGUCUGUGGGAAGGGUUUCUCUCAAGAGAGCAACUUAAAAACACACCAACAUAAACACAAAGGAGAGAAGCCUUACAUCUGCUCUGUCUGUGGGAAGGGUUUCUCUCUACAGAACCAAUUAAAAACACACCAACGUAUACAUAAAGGAGAGAAGCCUCGUCAGUUCUCUCAGACCAGCUGAGAUUAAAAUUUAGUGAUGGAGUGAUUUAUAUCUGAUUGCUUGACUUGGACUGAAAUAGGUGCCGACACUUAUUUUUGGUGCCGGUACUGUUUAUAUUUAGCUUCAGGACCUCCACAAUACUUUUGAGCUAAUCUAUAAUCAUAUAAUCAUCUAUAACAGGAACAGGAGCUCAAGCAGUAGAACAUUUGAGGGCCUGGUACUCCGCUCUGUUAAGUUCCUGCCCAAGUCAAGCGCCGGAACUCACAACAUGUAUCAGAUAGAGAUGGUGUGAUGAUCAGUCACCAUUAGUUUGGGGGGGGGGGUUGGUUUUUAUUACAUAGUUACUUGUUUAAUGAUACACAGCCUCUGAAACACCUACAUGUGUUUAUUCAACUGUCUUUUAAAACUAGGUUAGUUAUUAUAGUUAUUCAUCAUCAAUGGGUUUGAAUAAAUACAUCCAGUGGCGUUACUAGUCCUGGGCUUAAGGGGCUUCAGCCCCGGAUGUUUUAGGCCCCACACUUAGGAUGGUAAAACAAAACAAAAAAAAAUAUAUAUAUAUACUGUGUAUACUGUGUAUUUUUGCAAAUGUAUAAUUUUUUUUUUUUUUAAACAGAAACCUUUACAUAAGUAUUCAGACCCUUUCCUAUGAGACUUGAAGUUGAGCUCAGGCGCAUCCCUUUUCCAUUGAUCAUCAUUGAAAUGUUUCUACAACUUGAUUGGAGGCCACCUGUAGUAAAAUCAAUUGAUUGGACAUGAUUUGGAAAUCAAGCGCACACCUUUCCAUAUAAGGUCCCACAGUUGACAGUGCAUGUCAGAGUAAAAACCAAGCCAUGAGGUCAAAGGAAUUGUCAGUAGAUCCUGAAACAAGAUUACGUUGAGGCAUGUAUCUGGGGAAGGGUACCAAAACCUUUCUGCAGCAUAGAAGGUAACCAAGAACACAGUGGCAACCAUCAUUCUUCAAUGGAAGAAGUUUGGAAUCACCAAGACUCUUCCUAGAGUUGGCCGCCCGUCCAAAUUGAGCAAUUGAUG